AUGUCUGGGCGUCUAUCACCCGACCAUUCUCGCUCCCUCUCUCGAUCCUCUCAAUCUCAACGUCUCUCUCAGGGUCAGGACCCAGAUGCAAUGCCUCAAAAUUCCUCCUCCGGUCACUCCAACAAUCCCAAUGUCUUUUCGGAUGAAUACUCGCUAGAACCCAUCGAUUCGGAACAAGCAACCCUCACACCGCGAAGUCCUUCGAUAUCAUCGGUCGCUUCCUCGAGUACCCUUCGCUCAACAGCUGUCCCCUCAAAGCCAUAUUCCACCACAAAUGACCCCGAGCCUUCUGAGAACCCGUUUGGGGAUGAGGCUCGCGUCUCUUUCGAUGAUACCCCCUACCGAUCGAGCCUCCCCCAGAAGGGGGUCGAGGCCUCCAACCGCAAUUCCAUAGCCUCUACGACUCCCUCCAUGACACAACGAAGCCAAAGUAUUUCGUCCCGUUUCUCCAUGCCCCCCAGAGCUCUUAGUCCUUACACGGGCGCGACCGGUCCAAGCCAUCCCUAUGCUAUGUACCCACAGGUGGGUGUUAGCCGUUCGCCCAGUAUUACGACUACUUCUACAGUACGACCAAUCGAUCGACCGCUCGGUGAUACCAACGCACCGCAACAUCCGUAUGCCAUGUACACGCAGAAUGUCGUCCCGGAGGAGGAUUUGGAUACCGCGGCAAUCCCCCUUGGCUUCCCAGGACACAACCAGGCCUAUCAACGCCCGCCAGGCCGCGCUGAUGAUGAUGUCGGUGAUCUCAUUGGGCCCGACGGACACACAGAACAGCUCCCUCCUUACUCGCGUUACCCCGACGGUGCUGCCCCUAAACCCCCCGGCACAUUCGAGACACUGAAUGCUGCCGCCAUUCCCCAGGAAGCAGACCAUCAUACCAACCACGUAGGCCCACCGGUAUCAGAAGUUUCCUCCCGAACACUUGUAUCGGAGCCCCCUAUCAGCAGAGACGGUAACCAAAUUGGCAACAACAUUGGCAACAACAGCGGCGGUGGUGGCGGCGGCGGCGGUGGACAGGGUGGACAGGGUGGGCAGCCCGAAGAAGCCCCGGCUACAGGCGUGAUGGCUUUUGAGGAAAAGUUGAAGACCAAGGGCAAGAAGAAAGCAUGCUGUGGGCUUCCCAUUUGGACCCUAGUCCUAGUAGGGGUUGUUAUGAUUGUGGUGGCUUGUAUUGGUGGUGUCAUUGGUGGUGUUUUGGGCGCAAAGAAAGCGACCAGCGAGGAGAGCAAGAAAUCAAAGGGCCCGCCUAUUGUCACCGUUACAGCUACUCCACGAAUGGAUGCGACCCCAGUAUCAACAACCCCGGCUUAUCUCAAGACUCUUCCGACCGGCUCAUACGUCAUUCCGGCGAACCCCAAAAAUCAAUCGAAGUUUUGCAUUGCUGACCAUGAUUACAACACAGCUUGGAGCUGCGCGACCAAAGGCAAGGAAUUGCCCAUUUCCAUCGGUGGAUCGGAUCUGGGCCGGACAAUUACUUUCGAGCCUGACACCUCAUCCUUUUCCUACGGGGCUCAGCCGCCGUAUUUACCUCACAAAAACCAAAGUUUGAGCAUGAUGUACGAUACUCAAGAUCUCAGUCUUGGUCCUGCCCUGUUCUUUUUCGCCCAGUUCGAUAAAUUGGUGGUCGUUCACCAGGACAAGUUCCCCUCCAAUGCACUCUCAAAGCGAUACGUUUCCGAGGAAGACCUGAUUGCCAGCGCGAUGCAGAUGAAGCAGACGACCCAGGUGGGCGAUCAACCGUGGUUCUGCUGGUGGAAUAGCACAGCGAUGGAGUUUUUCCUGUACAUCAAUGAAACGACCAAGGAAUAUCAGUACAGUGCCACCGCUAGCACUACCACCACCACCGGAUUUUUGUCUUCUGAAACCGGCUCGAGCUCCCUAGCCAACUACCCUCGCCGCAUCAAGAUCAGUGAGAACAGAAAUUAUCCAGGGGCCAAGUCGCCUUAUUGCCAGCAAAUGAAAGUCCUGGACAAUGGCGAUAUCGCAACCGUUUCUCCCCAUACGGUCGACAUUGCGGAAAUCGAACCGACACCAACAACCACCAUCAAGGCAAAUGGUGUAGCGACUCAAACUUAUACGGCCACGGCGCAAUAUGAAAGCACAUGUUACUGCGCUUCUUUGACCGAUUAA